AUGUUUUUGAAACAUAUAGACUUGACUUCUGCAUUACGACCGUCGUAUCUGCCGGACGAGAUUCUUCUUUUUGUCCAGGACCAUGUUGGUCUUUACGAGGGGAAGGUGAAGCUCCCCAACCACCAAGAUGGUCAAGUUUAUUUGACCUCGCAUCGGAUUUGCUAUGUUGAUAAGAGCGAGCCUAGACAAAACUCACUGGCGUUGGAUUUGCGGGAUGUAGAGAGGUACGAGAUCCAGGCUAGAUUCUUGAAAUCGUCACCCAAAAUCACCAUAUUCCCCAAACCUUCGAGGCAGCUAUCCUUGCCCGCGCGAGCUUUUUCGCAUGCUACUUCUCCAUUGCGAAACGAUUCGGUGUCGCGUGGUCCGAGGGACAAUGCUCACUCCCACCCUCCUGAGCCGUCGCCUACCACGACUGCUACUUGGGUUUGCACAAUAUGUAGCUUUUCCAAUCCAAUCCCAGCUGGUUUUGACCCAGCUGCAGCGAACUCGCAUACUCCGUUGCCACCAUGUUCUGCAUGUGGAAUCAAACCGACGCUGGCAUAUAUUUUGAAAGCAGCCAUCAAAAGCGCCAGCCAGCGACCUCUUGCUUCUGUUGGACCUCCACCAAACUCCAACACAAGCUCCUGCCAAACAGAGGAACCUCACAUGCCUACAGAGAGAUUGAUUGGGACAGUUCUCGGCAACUUACGCCAGGACCAGCGCACAGUCUCUCCCGAACCUUCGUCUGAAUGUCCGCGGUGCACAUUCUCGAACCACCCAUCGCUUCCCGCCUGUGAGAUGUGCGGCGCGGCACUCUUAUCCCAACAUACAAGUACACUUACCGCUAGCGCUCCACCAUCUAGGGCUGAAACUCCCGGGUUGUUCCGCGAUAAUGCCGUCAGGGAAUCAACAGAGGCUGAUGCAGCUGACAGCAUCAAAAUAUCCUUCCGGGAUGGUGGGGACAAGGUUUUUUUCGAGCGACUCAAAGGUGCCAUCACGCAAAGGAAGUGGCUGUUACAAAAUGCCCCCCCUGCUCCAAAAAGUAGCUGGAAUGCAGACGGCAACGCCUCAAACUAUCCGUCAGAUCCUUCUCACCAGAAUCGAACCAAGACUGCUGGUAUUGCUGGUCUCGAGCAGCUGGGCCUCAAUAUGCAUAAGAACAAUGAGAUGCUGAUAGGCAGUGCCUUUGAAGAUCUAGAGGCCUUGAUGUCAUCAGCAAAAGAGGUCAUAGCUCUAGCUGAGCGGUACGCUCGUCAGAGCAACGGAGUCAGCGGCGGGGCCUCGGCCGAGGACGCCGCCAUUCUUGCAAAAUCUGCCUCGCAACUCGGUCUAGUCACCACGAAGGACAUAGUAGGAGGUGGCAGUGCUGAAACUCUUUAUCUUUCCGAGCUGUCUCGAAACCUUGCCGAAUUUCUGACUGACGACUCUCGGGGUGUAUUGAAACGAGCUGGGGGAAUCAUCACCCUGGUCGAUCUAUGGGCCAUGUUCAAUCGAGCCAGAGGCGGCGUGGAGCUCGUUAGCCCUAGGGAUUUCGAAAAGGCCGCACGACUUUGGGAGGAACUGAAACUUCCAGUUAGACUCCGGACAUUUCGUAGUGGUGUCAUGGUCGUUCAGGGCCACAAUCGUACCGACGACGCAACAAUCAAGUCUUUACUUUCCUGGCUAGAUGAUUUGCACGAGUUCCCCCCCGACAGAGAGCUUUCUUGGGACUGGCGAGAAUUUGGACGUGGCGUAACGGGUCUGGAGACGGCCCAAAGAUUUGGAUGGAGCAUUGGCGUGGCCGAGGAAGAGCUACUGAUGGCGGAGGAGCAAGGCGCGCUGUGUCGAGAGGAGGGAUUAGAAGGUUUGAAGUUCUGGAAGAACUAUAUUGAUACAGGUGUCGUUGCUCCAAAGAGCAAAGCCAAGUCGGAGGAAGAGACCCUUGCGGAGGCAUUAAAGGAAAGCGGUUUUAUCUAA